AGUAAUCCGACCCCUACAGUAAACCAGGGGUCUCCAUAAAACUAGAUAAAUGGCAGAAACCGUGGGACAGGAAUUAUAAAUUAACGAUGCCAACUGCAUGUUUUGAGAAUUUAUAUAAGAUGUUUUAUAGAUGGGGAGGUUGGCAAAGAUGUUUAAAGACAAAUCAGCUAAAUGUUGGAAGUGGCCACCAGAUACCUGGAUCUUAUUAUCAUAUGUGGUGGACGUGGAGAAGCAGAGAAGUAUUGGACAAAAAUAAAGAUAUGGUUGGAAAAGAUGAUAAAACAAUGUAUUGAGUUUAAACCAGAAAUAUUUUUGUUGGAGAUCGUGCCCGAAACUGAUAGCAAAGAAAAUAUAUAUUUAAUUAUUCAUGCAUUAACAGCAGCUAGAAUUGUAUUGGCACAAUAUUGGAAAAGUGAAGAGAUUCCUCCUGAAGAAAAGGUAAAUUCAUGAAGAACAUUUUGAAGCAGUAUUACUUGUUAGAAGAUAUUACAGAAGAAUCUGUUUUAAAUCACCUUUAUACUUGGAUCCUCCAUUUCUAAGCUGGCUAAAGAGGAGCAAAAGGUACCUUUUCCAGAAAUCAUAACUACCCUGACUGAGAGAAGCAAUGCAAGCCCUGGUACCACCCAACCGAUACAGAUGGAACUCUAUGAGCAGAGAAGAACGGCUCAAAGAAGCCGCCAUGGACUUUAUUCGCAUGUGUGCAGAACAGGGUGAUGGUGAUAGCCCGAGACAACUUCAAAUGGCCCCUCAGCUGGACCCCUACCCAAGAGCCUCGGUGGCCUCAGUGGCCAGACCUAUGCUUCCUACGAUGAUCAGGCAAGGUCAGACCGAAUCCAGCUUCCAGUCAGACAACCUCGAGAAUUCCAGAGUUUCUAAGAAACCUGUGAUGAAAAGGAAAGUUCUGAGGCGAACGCCUGAUGGAGAAGUGCAAGUGACAGAUGAAUCUAUCACUAGUGCGACAGAAUCCAAUAAUCCAAGUGUCCAACAAUCCAGUCCUGAAUGUGAGAACUUAAAUCAGAGAAUGUGCCUUCUGAAUGCUCAGAAGGAGAAGGAAGAAGAGUGUAAUGAGGAGAACCAGCCCCAAAGUUCCCCUGGGUCAGUCUAUUCCUGGAGUCCUUUGGAGGAAAGCCAGAAUCAGUGUUCCCGAAAAGAGAGCCAGAGCCUCAGCUCUUCGUCCUUUGAGCAGGACUUCAUCCUAACUGGCUAUCCCAAGUCUUUCAUAUUACCAAAGCUGGAGCAGCUCAAUCGGAACAGAAUGAAGACCGAUCGAGUUGCCCGUUACCUGGAACACAAACACGACUGGGAAUCCCUGCGGCUUCCAGGAGAAGACCCCAGAAAAGAUGUGCGCUGGAGCAUUCGGGAACAGAUGCUCUACAAGUCGGAAUUGCCUCCUAAGGCUCAGCCUGUUUAUAUCCCCAACAAUUAUCUGGUGCCUACGGAGAAGAAGAGAUCUGCCCUGCGCUGGGGAAUACGCUGUGACUUGGCAAACGGUGUGGUGCCUAGAAACAUCUAUUCCUCCUAAAAACCUGGAAUCUUUAAAAUUUCACACACAGAAGAACUUAGUAGAUCCCAAAGAGCUAGCUACCUCAAAUAUGCAGCUAAGCUAUUUUUAUUUCUUUCCAAUUCCAAACCCUACCCAUUUAAUCUUAAGAUCUAUCUUGGAUCUGAAUGCCUACUUUCUUGCAAAGUAUUUUUUAAAAGCUACCAUUGUCUCAGAUCAUAUUAUUUGAAUGUAAAUAUUACCUUAUAAAAAGGCAGGCAGAAGAUAAAAUCUACUGAAGUAUAGUCAAGAAAAUGGAUCCUUGUUUUUUUCCCCAAGAUACUUCACACACACACUCCCUCUUUGAACUCCUGUACUUUUAAAAAGUUUUAACUUCUGGAUGUAUAGAUUAAAUUAAAUUUAUGAAGUGAAAUGAUUAUUUUAUUCUUUCCGAGGGCAAACUUCCUUUCUCCUGCUUUUCAUCACGCAUUAGCGUUGCUGGUCAGAGCUACAGAAGUAAACUUUUCUCUGGAAUGAGGUUAACAGGUAUACUUCCUUGUAUAUGAAAGUGCUGUUUUACAGAUACAUGUCAGAAAGGUGGGAUAUUUUCUCCACUGAUUUUUAGCAAUAUACUUCCUAUACAUGAAGGCCUUUAUAUUAUGAAAACUAAUGUAGUUAGUCUACUGAAAUAAAACAAAGAACCACGGUGGCUCAGUGGCUAAGACACUGAGCUUGUCAUUAGAAAGGCUGGUGGUUUGAAUCCCUAGUACAGGUCUCCUGCAUGAGCAGGGGGUUAGACUAGAUGACCUCCAAGAUCCCUUCCAAUUCUUACUGUUAUCUUAAAAGAAAUAAUGAUUGAAAAAAAAGACUACAAAACUAUAUUUAAUGGGGAUGUUUUGCCAUCUUCAGAUAAAAGAAGGGGGAGGUAAUUCAGAUAAUGAAGGGUCCUUGGUGCUCUCUGAGUUUGGUUGUUUUCUUGCAAAUGUUUUCAUUGCCCAAACUAGGUGUCAUCAUCGGUGCUAAAUUAUAUUGCCUAGCUUUGAUAAUGAAAGGUUUGCAAGCAAAGCUGCUACAAAUAUUCUUUGUUAAUUCACAUAAACUAUUAGCAAAUGUGGGUAAGCAAAACUGCUCGCUUCUACAAAACGUACAUUUUGCAGCCUGUGCCCCUCUGCGUGUAUAGAACAGUGUACAACAAAUUUGCACAAGCCACACGUUCCUUUAUAAGACGGCACGCAGGCCGUUAGCUGCCCUCAGUCGAGCAGGUGGAUGACAGGCAGCACCCUCCCCCCGCCCAGCCUGGCACCUGAGAGCCCCCAUAUGCUGGCGUUUCUCAGAAGUUGCCAAGUUUGAGAAAUGUUUCAAUAUGGGGAAAGCUCAAGGUGUUGGUCGGAGAAGCUGCUUUAAAUGAGUCCCCCCCGCCCCCAAGAGAUCCUCCGGUGCCAUCCGUAAAAUAUCAGGAGCAAAGCGAUCCCUCCAUCAAUUCUGGGAAGGGGUGAGGGGACCCUUCGG